AUGUCUCGCUCUGCCUUGAUUCUAGGCUCCGGCUACGUCGCGACGCCCACCGUCGAGGUUCUCUCCGAGGCCGGCAUCCAGGUCACAGUCGCCUGCCGUACUUUGGCAUCGGCACAAAAGCUCGUUGGGAGCUUUGCCAACACAAAGGCCAUUAGCCUCGAUGUAAACGACGCGUCUGCUUUGGAGACGGCCGUGGCUCAACACGACGUCACCGUGUCGCUGAUUCCUUACACCUACCACGCUGCCGUCAUCAAGGCUGCCAUCAAGACGAAGAAGCAUGUUGUCACGACGUCGUACGUGUCGCCCUCCAUGCUGGAGCUACAUGACGAGGCAAAGGCCGCAGGAAUCACCGUCAUGAACGAGAUUGGUCUUGAUCCUGGUAUCGACCAUCUUUACGCCGUCGACCUGAUCGAUCGCGUUCACAAGGAAGGGGGCCUCAUUCGUUCGUUCAAAAGCUUCUGCGGUGGCUUGACUGCACCAGAGAACUCGGAUAAUCCUCUAGGCUACAAGUUCAGCUGGAGCAGCCGCGGAGUCUUACUUGCGUUGAAGAACAACGCAAAGUACUUGGAGGACGGCAAGGUCAUGGACAUCAAUGGCGUGGACCUUAUGGAAACCGCCAAACCGUAUCACACUGGCUUCAUCGGCUUCAAUUUUGUUGCCUACGGAAACCGUGAUAGUACCGGUUACUCAGAGCGAUACAACAUCCCGGAGGCUCACACCAUCAUCCGAGGCACUCUUCGCUACGCCGGCUUCCCUCGAUUCAUCAAAGUGCUCGUUGACAUGGGAUUCCUCCGCGACGACGAACAAGACUACCUGAAACAGCCAAUCGCCUGGAAGGAAGCCACCAAGCAGCUCCUCGGCGCCGCUUCAUCCCGCGAGAACGACCUGCUUUCAGCAAUUGCGUCCAAGACGUCAAUGUUCAGGGACGAGGAUCAGAAAAACCAAUUGAUUGGGGGCCUGAAGUGGCUGGGCAUCUUGUCCGACGCCAAGAUUACUCCCCGGGGCAACCCGUUGGACACGCUGUGUGCCACCCUUGAAGAAAAGAUGUCCUUUGAAGAGGGCGAGCGUGACUUGGUGUUCCUGCAACACAAAUUCGAGGUGGAGAACAAGGACGGCAGCAAAAACACCAUCACUUCCACCCUCUGCGAGUACGGGGCUCCCAUCGGGUCCGGCGGCUACUCCGCCAUGGCGAGGUUGGUUGGGCUGCCCGCCGGCGUAGCCGUCAAGCAAGUCCUCGACGGCACGAUUUCCGAGCGAGGGGUCAUUGCGCCAAUGACGACCAAGAUCAACACUCCGUUGAUGAAGGAACUCAAGGAGAAAUAUGGAAUCGAAUGCAAGGAAAAGAUACUCGACUAG